CCACCACUCUUUCAAUUGGGAUCUCCGGUUCGACCGCGUGAGGUGCUCGACGGUGUGAGAUAAUUUCCUUUAAAAAAAAAAAACCGAGUAAUCGUUCUUGGCCAUCAAUUGUGCAAUUGAUAAGCCAUUACCGGCACAACGCAACCGUCUGCACUUCAAUAAAACCUUGAAUUCUUGUCAUCCGAUCUGAUUAUAGAAAUUUCAACUCCUCACCUGCUUUUCAAUUCGGAGACUUUGUUGACGUACCUGAGUUAUGGCGUUUUUGAGAACAUUGCCGCGUUAUUGUGCCAGUAGAAAAUUAUUGAAGUGCUUGGAGUCAGGAUUGUUGGAGAAUGGUAGAAAAAGUGUUGUACAUUUAGUGAAAAAUCUUGAUGAACGUGGAUAUUCAACGAGUCAGCCCGAGGGACAGCCGGUAUCCAGGCAAAUCGAUCCACUCGACCUCAAAUUUGAUGAUCCAGUGGCAUCAUUCAAAAGUAAAACAACUAUGGAACUCAUCAGGGCCUACAUCGUGUAUCAAAUUUGCUCUAUCGACUAUGUCGUUGAGAACAAUAUGAAGUUCAUGAAAGUUGCCAAAGCCGUACUGGGAGAGAGAAUUUUCACUUUGUUAAUGAAAACAACAUUUUACGGUCACUUUGUGGCCGGUGAAGACGAGGAGAAGAUCAAACCUGUGAUCGGACGAUUGCGUCAAUUUGGCGUCAAGCCCAUUCUCGAUUAUUCAGUUGAGGAAGAUUUAUCUCAAGAAGAAGCGGAAAGACGUGAACUCAAGGCAUCAGUGUCGGAGGCCGGUGAUGAGAAGAAAGAGGGAACACUAAAGAAAUAUCACGUUGAGAAAUCAUUUGCUGACAGGAGAUAUAAGGUAUCAUCAGCCAGAACGUACUUCUAUCUCAAUGAGGCAUCGUGUGAGAGGAAUAUGGAUAUAUUCAUUAAAUGCUUGGAAGCUGUCAGCGGGGCAUCGAUGGGCGCUGGUAUCACUGCCGUCAAAUUAACAGCUCUUGGAAGACCUCAGUUAUUGCUUCAAUUGUCGGAGGUGAUCAUGCGAGCGCGCCAGUACAUGUCCGAUGUUGUUGGUGGUGAAGGGGCUGUAUUAGCACAUCAUGCCAAACCAGAUGAUUUCAAAAAGAAAUUCGAAGAGGCGCAUAUCAAAGAUGCCGUCCCGGUGCAAAAGUUCUUGGAGAAGAUCCAGGCGGACAAAGAAGGAAACGUUAUCCAUUUGUUCCCAUGGAGUGGAAUUCUCGAUGAGAAUUACGAGUUAAGUGAGACAUUCCAGGUACCUGAUAUCAAGACAGGAAAGAUGGUGAAGUUAAUGACGCAAUUGACUGCCAAGGAAGAGGAAAUGUUCAGAAAUAUGAUAAGACGACUUAAUUGUAUUGUCACGGUUGCUGAUAAGCUCAAUCUUCGGAUAAUGAUAGAUGCUGAGCAAACGUACUUUCAACCAGCGAUAUCGAGGCUGACUCUCGAAAUGAUGCGCAAGUACAAUACAAAGAAGGCAGUCGUGUUCAAUACGUACCAGACGUAUCUCAAGGAAGCAUUCAACGAGGUGAAGACUGACCUUGAGCAAGCAGAGCGUCAAAAUUUUUACUUCGGUGCUAAACUCGUUCGAGGGGCUUACAUCGAGCAGGAACGCGCUAGGGCAGCUGCUAUGGGUUAUGCAGAUCCAACUUGUCCCACUUAUGAGGCGACAACGGACUCUUAUCACAGAACUCUAAUGGAAUGUUUGAGGAGGAUGAAGCAGUACAAGGAUCGACAGGAGGAUCCCAAGAAAAUGGCAAUCAUGGUUGCCUCGCACAAUGAAGAUACUAUUCGUUUUGCUAUUGAAAAAAUGAAGGAAAUCGGCAUUUCACCAGAGGAUAAAGUCAUAUGCUUUGGACAGCUCUUGGGCAUGUGUGAUUAUUUGACAUUCCCACUUGGUCAAUCAGGUUACUCUGCGUAUAAAUACAUUCCUUAUGGACCUGUGAAGGAAGUCCUUCCUUAUUUGUCACGACGGGCGCAAGAAAAUCGUGGAGUUCUCACGAAAAUAAAGAAGGAAAAACGUUUAUUGUUGAGUGAAAUAACUCGACGACUACGGACAGGUCAAAUAUUUUACACACCCAAGGGGAAUUAUACACCCGUCUGAUUGUACUGUUCGUCAUAAAUUUUUAAUGUUGAAAGAAGGACGAACCGGAAAAUCAAUAAACUGGAAGGACUAGGUAAUUUUUUUGUGAAGUCGGUGGGUGCGGAGAUUUGGAUUUUAGAUAUUUUCAAUGUAUGUAUGACAAAAUCAAAACUUGUCGUCUAUCUGGCUGUACCUAAUUAUUGAAACGAAUAGUUGUACUUUUGAAUCUCAUGUCUUUGUUUCAUAGUAUUUUUUGUUGUUCACGAAUCAGUCAGUAUUGAGUUGAUGGAAUGGAUAUGAAGAAUGAAUAUUUUGAAAAAUGUAGUUGGAAAGUGUAAUUGAAUGGAACAUGUGAUCUCGUUUCUAUAAAACCAUGUGCAAAAAUGCAUCAACUAUUUCUCUUUGUUUCCACUUUCUUUCACUCUCUCCACAACAACGAUAGUGUUAAGAAAAUUGGGCUAAACCGAGAGCUAAAUGUGGAACGAUUAUCUAGAAAAAAUAAUUUCAUUUCAAUCGCAUUUCUUUGUAUUUCCGUCUCAUUAAUUUAUUUUUAUUAACGAUCGAAUUUUUUGAUCCACUGGUGCACACCAGGGAUAUUUAAGAAUCUAGUCGUUAUCUUCGACAGGGAAUGACUUUCAUAUUUAAUGAAUAGUACAGAAUAGACGAAAAAAUCAGGAUGAUAAAGUUUUGCAGCGAUUUUUGUCAUUUAAAAAAAUGUUAAUAAAUGUUUUAGUCCCAGAAAAAUCUCGGGAAAUAAAAGACUAUGUAUAGAAGACUAUGUAUAAGUUGUGUUCAUAAUUUUUUUCUUGUAUUAUACAUAGCUUUUGUCAAUAAAUUAUAAAAAUCAUGUGAAGGAAAAA